CUUGCCAAAUCGAUAUCCUAUGCUGUAUACUGUAUUUUCUCAUUCAGUUUUUGAGUCUCACAAAAUUCAUACGUUCGUUCCGUUUUCGCUCUUUAUAGUUAGUAAAAAAAAAUUUCAAAAUUCCCAAAAAAAAUUUUAAUCUACUCAAAAGUGUGUUAAAUUUUUUAAUGUCAGAAUUGUUUUCCAUCCAUUCCUCCAUAUAAAAAAACACGGUUUUGCAGUUCUUUGGCUCAUUCGAUUUCCGUUUGUGUCGUGUGUGUGUGCGCGGGUUGACGAAAAAGUAAUACAAAAAGGAUCGGAGUUAAAUCUAUUUUCAGUUGAAACGAAGGAAGGAAGGAAGAACGAAAGGCAAGAUGAGUGACCACGUUGUGUGUUACAAGUGCAACGAGGUGAUUACCAAGAGAAUGAUCACGGCUUUGGGAAAGACAUGGCAUCCGGAGCACUUCCUAUGUCGUCACUGCGAGUCUCAGAUCGAGGAUGCCACAUUCAACAUUCAAGAUGGUGAGCCAGUGUGCUCAAAGUGCUUUGUGGAACGCUACACACAGACUUGUGCCGGCUGCAAGAAGCCCAUUCUGGAGCGUACCAUCUGUGCCAUGGGCGAGAGUUGGCAUGAGAAGUGCUUUUGCUGCGAUGGCGCUUGCAGGAAGCCGCUGGCCAAUCAACCCUUCUAUGAGCGACAGGGAAAGGUCUAUUGCAAACAGGACUACGAGGACCUAUUUGCCGCAAGAUGCGCCAAGUGCGAGAAACCCAUUACCACAGAUAGUGCUGUGGUAGCGAUGAAUGCGAAAUGGCAUCGCGAUUGCUUCCGCUGUAAUCGAUGCGAGAGUCCCAUUACCACUCAAACAUUCACCGUGGAUGGGGACAAGCCCGUGUGUCCAGCCUGCCAGGGUUAGUCGAGCUAGCCGUUCCCUAGCUCCAGUUCCAGAUCCAGUUUCGCAUAUUCAGCUUGAGGUUUAGGUAUUGAUUGAUUCAUGCAUUUAUAGUUUUUGUUAUUUCUCGUUUCGGAAUCGAUUGAAAUCCUAUAAAUGUUAUGUACUCUCACUACUCUGGGGCUCAAACUAACUGAUCCAUCCCAGACAAACAAAACAUAAAUACAUACAUACACGCAUGCACACCGACCCACACUACCACAUGAUGUAUCCACAAAACACUUAAACAUCCAUAGAUAUCCAUCAACAGUCACCACCUCCAAUACACCCAAUUAAAAAAGAA